UUUUCAUUCAAGGUAUCAUCACGAAAGAAAUUAUCUUUUAAACACAGUCAAUUAGAGCACAAUUUCUGCUUGAUUAAUGUAGCAGAAAACUCCUUGGAAAUUUAUUUCUUUUCUCUUUAUGAUUACACACAUCAAUAACUUUGCGUCUUCUUGUUUCAUCCUUUUUAUUUGAUCUUCGUAGAUUUCACUCUGAACGGGGUUUUCCUUCAUCACCUAUUUAUCUCUUUCUCAUUACAAACCUUUCAAAUAUUUAUUAAGAAAAGGAACAUCUAAAUUACCAAAAAAAAGAAAGAAAGAGAGUACAUCUUUUAUCAAAGAUAGAAGAAGAAGAAAACAAAAAAAAAAGAACCAAGAAAGAGCUAGGGAGUGCGGGUGUGUGAGAGAUUUGGAAACGCUUACUGGAAAGCUUUAUCCUCGUUUGGAGACAUACUGUAGUAAGGUUACAUCGGCAGUUAGAUCACGUUUUGUCAAUAACGGUUCAUUCGUUCGUCCGUCAGUCUUUUUUUGUUUUUACUUUUAUCAUCAUGUUUUCUCCAGUGACCAAACGAAAAGUGCAAACGGGGUUCAAACGGCUUGAAUCUGUGCAAAAAGAACUUCCAGCAUUGCCGGCGCCUCCAAAGUCAUUACGGUUGCAACACAUUGAGAACCUAAGAACGCUGCUUCAUUUGUGUUUGUUGCGAGCAGACUAUCCUCGGGCAUUCAGAGCAUUUUCACUGCUUCUGCGGUGUCGCUCCGUGGACAUUCGUCUUUUGUGGAAAAUUGGUUUAGAGCUGUUAAAUGAAUUGGAGCCAAGUAAGGCAAGGGAGUACUUACAACGUCUAAUUGCAAGAUUUCCUGCCAUCCCUGGACGGCAUAAAACAAGCAUUGAUGCUCACAGCUUUUUUCCUGCGCUUGUACUGCUCCAGAUUAAGAUGGGAGAGUACGGACAGGCCAUCUCGUCACUUGACGAGUACUUGCUCUCAGCUCCGUUUAACGAAAAUCAACCGCUGUACGUAUACUCGGCUAUGCUCUCUCUAGAAAUGGCAAACCGAGAGGAAAAUCAUUAUGAAAGGGGUCGUUGGUUGGAGAAGGCUAGGCAACAGUUUGCCAAAGCCGAUGAAAUGCGUUUGUUAGAAACACCCAACGCCUUUACAGACAUGAUAGGAUGAACAGUUUAUAUGUAAAAAAAAGAGAUAAAUGCGCGAAACGGGACACAAGGGGAUGGAUGGAAGGAUGUGAAAAAAAUGGGAAUGGACAAAAAACAAUCGGAAACCAAAAGGUAGGGAAAAAACAGGAGCAAGUUGGUUCUGGGUCCUCUCUCUCUCUCUCUGAGACCCUUCACCAUCACUGUGUCUUCACAGAAUUAGGAUUUAUCGGCCCGAGAGACAUUAAGUCCAAAAUAUCAAGUACUUUUUGUUGACGCCGUUCUUGUAGCGCCCGAAGCUUUUCUAUCAACCCAGCACGGAUAGGGUCUUCUGCGUGAUACGGCAAAGAGAACGAGGCACCACUCGUCUCAUCCAACGGUCUCUCAAUUGCAUCUGACAUUGUUUCCGUUGCUGAUGACUUGAGGGUUCUUAUGCGAACUUGUUGAGAGUGUUCCAUCAGCUCGUGUGCGGCACGCAAUUUUUGCAUAAAGUAUAUGCAUGCUUCCUUUAAAACCUUUUUCUGCUUGUCCAGAGGAACAUCAAACAUUACGGAAUGCUCGUUGAGUAGUCGUUGGCAAGACUCAAUUUCACGAAGCGUUUGUUCAAAUACAUCUGCCGCGCGAACGUACUCCUGCUGUCGCUCCUUCAGUAAUUCAGCAUAACUUUCUGAUAGAGUUGUCAAACGGCUCAAAACAUCGGGCAAAGCCUUGUUCAUAAUGUUCGAAGCAGCAACAGAUCGGCACCGCUCAGUUCGUGGUACUUCUGUGCUUGCUAUCAGAGGGGCGGAUUUUUCACUGAACGAAUCGGAGGAAAUAGCGAGAGGAUUGGACGAGGAGGUGUAUGAAGCAGACGUAGUCAAAUCAGCCGUUGGCACAUUUAAAAUAUCAUCCGGAAGGUAGUCGCUUGGAUACCGACCCUCUUUAUUAGGAAUAUUGGCCGAGGCAUACAGCAUAAGCAACAGUCGAGCACAUUUUUUUGCUCCAUUGCGUGCGCAGAUGAGUAAAGCAGUGUCCCCACGUUCAUCUUGGAUGUUCAGAACGCCAGCGACGACGUUGACUGGCUGUGUGGUAGACAGAAGCUGAAGCAGCGUAUCCAUAUAAUAACUAGCCGCUUCCAUCUUUGACUUGGACGAGGCCAACAGUGCGAUGUGAUGAAACACGGUUUGAUUGAAACAGUCAGUCAUACAAAUGGCAGACUGUAGUAAAUCGGCAACCACUUCAAACGUUUGUAGAUCAUAGUUCAUGGUGAACAUGACGCACCGCAUGAGCGCUGUUUGCUGUAGCGCAUUCACUGCGACAAUGUUUGCGUCUGCUUCAAUCAAAGCAUGCAGCAUUUCCAGAUUUCCCAUCGCAGCUGCCCAGUGUAGAGCCGUAUGGCCGUCAUCGUCAAUGCUUGCGUUAACAUUCCAGUCACGGGGAUUCCGAAACACAAACUCCGGGAUUUCUGUGCUCUGAGGGAGCAGAAAAUAAUCCAACAACGCAUCGCUGUACGCAUUUCCCGACUCGUAAGUCGUCUGUUCGUCAGCACUCGAUGCACUCUUGUCGUCGGGAUACAGCUGAACAGACUCGCCGCCAUAACUCGCUGUACCGUUCUGGUCCACCGAAUUCGUACGGGAGAACGAAGAUUGUUUCGACAACUUGGACGGGGUAGGCGACGACAUGGGCAAGACGCUGUCGAAUCCGUACAUCUUCGCACUCAUGCCAUGAGAAAAGGAGCCCGACUCUCUCAGAGUCCGAGUAGGAGCUUUGUAAGAUGAAUAUGGGUCUUCUUCGCCCUCACACUCGAUCAACGGCAGCAGCAAAGCAUGCACCUGGAACUCCAUCGCCAGUUCUACACCUCGUUGUAGCGGCACCCAUGUUCCUUGAUACUUGCCGUAUCCGCCCUGGACUUUUUCGUGAAUACCACGCUGGGCAAACUUUUCCAGAACUCUUGUUCGUUUUGGCUUGUCAAGCUCGGCAACCUUCAGAAUCUGUGUAGCGUUCAGCCAACCGUCGCGACAACGUUUCAUAACGGCCACUCCAUUAACAAUACAUUCGAAAACCGCAACACCCGAAUACGCUGUUUUGUACACUUUUAUCGUACUCAUUGUGCAGUAACCACAGCACAAGACAGGUUGAGUCUAUCUGAAAUUUGCAAUUUUGCAAACUUACAAACAGAACAGCAACUUUUUUUAGUUUUUGGAUCAGCACAUUAAACGAAAAUACGUUAUAACGCGUUUCGACCAAAACUACGAGUUUUUCCGAGUAACUAAACAAUGUCCCAGGACUCUGAAAAUGUAAGAGCAACCGUCAACAAGUCAAUUGCUCGUCCGACUAGAUAAAUGGUUCUGGCUGGAGUAGUACUCAAAGCUUUUUUGCUGCGUCUUCGUAUCAGAAACUGGAGGCGACUUUGUACACCGUCGCUAGUGUGGAAAGCUGUACGUGUGGCCUUCGUUGGCCUUCGUUUACAUUUUUGGUGGUGAAUUUUAGUAGAGGAAGACGAUCUCCUGGGGAAAUCGCGGGGGUGGG